AUGACAGACCCUGCAUUAUCCAUCUACAAUUUCCUGUCAAGAGAAGGUGCAAAAAGACAUUACCCACCUCUACCACCACCUUCAACACGCACUUUUCAGUGCCACUUCUGCCACCGCAAGUUCUACUCUUCUCAAGCUCUUGGUGGCCACCAGAACGCACACAAGCUAGAGAGAGCUGCUGCAAGAAGAUCAACCAAGCCUCUCCAUAAUUUUCAUCAUCAUCAUCAUCAUAACAAUAAUAAUGGGUCCUUUCACCCUUCUUCUCUUAUAAUCACUGACCUAAGGCCCAAGCCCAAGCCCCAAAAAGAAUCUGCUCGUUUCUUCCACAACUACCCCUUGCUAGAAGUUGAGCCUUUUCAUCAGCUCCAUGCUGGCACUUCCAUAAUUUCUCAUGAAUACGAUACUCCUCCUCCUGCUGAACCUUCUGAUCAUGCCAAUCUUGACCUCACCCUUCGUUUGUGA